CUCUGUCUGUGCUAAUGGUUGCAUAAAGGCCCUGAAAUGGCAGCCAGUUUCUGGAUUCCUCUGUGGGCAAUUAGGGCUUUUUCCUUUCGGUCCCCUUUUCUUCUUCUGCUCUCACUAACUGUAGACCUGCUCAUCUUCAUGGAGGAAAGGACGACCAUCAUCUUCUAGAAGCGAUAUCUGCCGCGAAAGGCUGGUCCUCCGAACCUCCACUCUGAUGGAGUCUGUUUGGGGAAACUGGCCUUCCUACGAUCCCCAUAAUUUCAGCCAAUUGAAGCCGUCCGACCCCGCCCACCCUUCGAAACUCGUUGCUGCCACAUACCAUCCCACUCACAAUAGGACAACACCUCCAGACAACCAAGUGAUAACAACUGAAGCUACAAAUAUUCUUUUGAGACAAUUUUACCAGCGGGCUGAAGAGAAGCUGAGACCGAAACGACCGGCGUCAGAAAUUUUGGUACCAGAGCACGGAAGCAAGCAGCUCAAAGGCUGUCAAUCUGAUGGUACCCCAACCCUUGAGUAGGCAGUUAAAUUUUUUGCUAUGAUGUCAUAUCCUGUUCGCAACCACAGGUUUGAUGACUGUCUCUCACAUGGGUUAUGCUUGUAAUGCUUUGUAAUAUGCUUUCAUGUUUCUCAAUUGCCCUAUUGCAUAAAAGAGGUUGAACUCAAGUGAGAUAUGUUAAUACACAUCUUUUACAGCUAGCAUCAAUUUGCAUGCUUAA